AUGUCUGCCGCCACCUCUAACCUCAGCGAUCUCCAUGCCAAAGUCAGCCGAGGCGGGAACGAGAAAGCUCGGCAGAAACAUCUCGAUCGUGGGAAGAUGCUGGUACGGGAUCGUGUCACAGCAUUGAUAGAUUCGGGGACGAGUUUCCUAGAACUGAGUGCGUUGGCUGCGGAGGGCGUGUAUGAGGAGGAUGUUCCCUCUGCGGGGAUGGUGACGGGGAUUGGGACGGUGGAGGGGGUGCAGUGUGUUAUUGUUGGGAACGAUAGCACUGUCAAAGGCGGAACAUACUACCCUCUGACAGUCAAAAAGCACCUCCGAGCGCAAGAAAUCGCCCACCAGAACCACCUCCCCUGUAUCUACCUCGUGGACUCUGGCGGAGCGAACCUACCCAAUCAAGCAGACGUCUUCCCGGACCGUGAUCACUUUGGUCGGAUCUUCUACAACCAGGCUAGGAUGUCCCGAGAUGGUAUCCCGCAGAUCUCGGUUGUAAUGGGACCCUGCACAGCAGGCGGCGCCUACGUCCCGUCCAUGAGCGACGAGAAUAUUAUCGUCCGCGAACAAGGCACCGUCUUCCUCGCCGGCCCACCACUGGUCAAAGCUGCGACCGGUGAGGAAGUCAGUGCUGAGGAGCUUGGGGGUGGGAAGUUGCAUAGUGAAGUCAGUGGUGUAACGGACUAUCUCGCCGAAGACGACGCGCAUGCCCUCGUCCUCGCGAGAAGAUGUAUAGCGAACCUCAACUACCCGACCUCCACCUCUUCCACCACCAAUCCCACUCGGAAACAAGACUGGACAGAACCGCUCUACGAUCCAGAGGAACUUGACGGAAUCGUAGGCACGAACCUCAAACAACAAAUCCCCAUGCACGAAGUCAUCGCCCGCCUAGUCGACGGCUCCGAGUUCUCCGAAUUCAAACCCCUCUACGGCUCGACCCUGAUCACGGGCUUCGCAACAAUAUACGGAUAUCCCGUAGGCAUAAUAGCUAAUAACGGGAUCUUAUUCUCAGAAAGUAGUCUGAAGGGAGCCCACUUCAUCCAACUCUGCACCCAACGCCGUAUCCCCCUCCUCUUCCUCCAAAACAUCUCUGGCUUCAUGGUCGGGCGCGAAGCCGAAGCCGGCGGGAUCGCGAAGAAUGGCGCCAAACUCGUCACGGCUGUUGCGACGACGGAUGUGGCUAAAUUGACUGUUUUAGUAGGUUCGUCGGCGGGGGCAGGGAAUUAUGGGAUGUGUGGACGGGCGUAUAGUCCCAAUUUCUUGUGGAGUUGGCCGAGUACGAAGACCUCUGUUAUGGGGGCUGAGCAGUUGGAGGCUGUUAUGAAAGCUGUGGGAAGGAAUGUGGAUCCUGCGCUGAAGGAGAGGAUUGAGAGGGAGAGUGAGGUUUUGUUUGGGACGGCCAGGUUGUGGGAUGAUGGGGUGAUUCCUCCGGGUCAUACGCGGAGGGUUGUGGGGAUGGGGUUGGCAGCUGCGAGGCAGGGGGAGGUUGUGCGGAAAGAGGGGAGGGGUGGGGGAAGGUUUGGCGUGUUUAGGAUGUAG